GUGCAGGUGGGCGGAGCUUCUGGCUAGCAAAAGUUCUUCAGCAUCAUUGGUUGCGGAGGACCGCUAGCUGGAGCAGGGUACAGUACCGCAACACCGAGCUCGGAAGAGAACAUUCUCAGAUCUGUUUCAGAUCCUGCAAACAAAAGGAUCCAGUCUAGUUGACAUCAUCUUGUUAGUCGUGUACAUAGCACAGGAGAAGAUGCUGGCAUGCACGGAGAUGAUCACAAUGUGUCUUCAGUCAGCGAAGCGAGAAUAUCUUCGCUCAGAGCAAGAGCAGCAGCUGCAGCACAACCACGGACUUUCCAUUUUUCACGACAUUUUCCGCCGUGCAGACAAAAAUGAUGAUGGCAAGCUCUCCUUUGAGGAAUUCAAGGCUUACUUUUCUGAUGGGAUUCUCACGACUGAAGAGCUUCAGGAGCUGUUCUACUCAAUCGAUGGGCGACAGACAAACAACCUUGACACCGACAAGUUAUCAGAUUAUUUUUCUCAACAUCUUGGGGAAUAUCUGAAUGUCCUCUCAGCUCUAGAGAAACUCAACGUUGCCAUCCUAAAAGCAAUGGACAAGACUAAAGAGGAGUAUCAGGGCUCGUCCGUGUUGGGGCAGUUUGUGACACGCUUUAUGCUGAGGGAGACGUCCAGCCAGCUGCUCUCUCUUCAGAUGUCUCUGCAGUGUGCCAUGGAGGCCGUGGAGGAGCAGAGCAGCCCUGCACCGGUUGAGGUGAAGGUACCAGAGCAUCUCUCCUUACAGAAGAAUAACAGGAGGUGUGGUCGCAGAGUGCAGAAAAACAUGUGCCUCUCUCCUACAGACCCAUACUCUGGCAUCCUUACCACAGGUGUUACUGUGGAUACAGAUGACCACUGGUCCUCUCAGAUCAACAGACUGCAACAGCUCAUUGACAAACUGGAGUGCCAGAGUCCAAAGCUGGAGCCGCUGAAAGAGGACCCACUUGCCAGCACAUAUAAAUCAAACAUUCUGUUGGUGCAGAGGCAGAUGGCAGUGACGGAGGACAAUCUUGAGGAGUUUCAAAAGGCCCUGAAAAGCUAUGCUGACUCCACCACCAACCAAAGUGACAACCUUCAUGUGUCCAUCCAGAAGCUGCCUGAGAAGAGCUGCUAUAUAAUAUACGAGUUUUGGCAAGAUCGUAUAUCCUGGAUGAGUUAUCUGCAGUCUGAGGCGAGCAAGACUUUUCAGCGCUGUAUCAUAGAUAUGCUGGAGGAUCCUGAACUCGUCUCCACCAUGCUUAUGCCUGCAUCCUGGUGGAUUAUGACAAACAAUUAACCUCCACAAUAUGCAGUAUGCAACCUUUGCAAAUGAGAAAAAAAAAGAAAAAAUAAGUACAGCAUCUCAAAAUGACCCUGUGUGUAUGUGUCUUGCUGCUCCCUAGCUCAGACAAAAAUAUUGUCUUCCUUCCACCUCAUGGCUUCGUUUGUGUUCCUUUAUCAUUCCAUCUGUAUGAAAAUGAUCAAACAAAUCCAGGCAUGGUUCUAAUCUCUCUAGCAUGUAUAGAAAAUCAAAGUGACUUUUGCUUCAUGCAGAGGCUGUUGAAAGAGCCUUGAGAGCUUACAUGGUUUUGAGGUGGAAACUGUGUUCAGAUUAAGAAAGGAGCUUUUUUCACUUAUAAAAAUUAAAUGUGUAAAUGGAAAGAAGGUAUAUCGCUAUUUGCUUUGACAACUUUAGACUCAAUGUUUACUUCCUUGGGUACCAUAGAACAAAAAUAGAUUGCAUGCUUAUUAGAAAUUUUAGUUUAAGACGUUGUUGACUUAAACCAUUGUCCAUGCUUGCUUAAGGUUUCUAAAGAUAAAACUCAACUGUGUGAUUGUGUGAAUAGAGUAGCCCAUAUUUGGAACUUGACUGUUCUGCCUUGUGGUUUCUCAGUCAUUACGCAAGUCCUACCAAUUUAAGAUAAGCUCUUAUUAUAUGUAUUUAUGUAUUUAUAUUAAGUAUUUCAGUUAAAGAAGUAUACUCAUUAACUGAGUCUAUUUUCUUUAUUUCCUAUUGUUUGAUGAAUAAGCAUAUCUCUAUAUGUUGAUAUAGCCUGUAUAUGUUAAUUGCUUGACCUAAGGUUGCUCAGAUUUAUUUAUUUAUGUAUUUACUUAUUACUUACUUAUAUCUAUUGCAUUUAAGCAUAUGCAAAAUAAAACUAAAAACAUGAUUUGUGUA